AUGACACAGAUCGCAGCAGAAAUGGCAUGGGAAGAACGUCAAGAAAAAAUUGAAAUGGUUCGAAAUAUAGCUAUUAAAAAUCAACUUAUAGGUUCUGUUAAUUAUGAUAUACAAACAUCGUCUUAUGAACAAUCAGAAUCUGACACACUUAAUCUCAGCAAUAUUGUAAAUGUUACAAUACUUGACGAUAAUGAAAAUAAUAGUGAAAACAUAACCGAACAGAAUGAGGAAAAUGAUACUAAUGCAAAUAACAGUGAUAAUAACACAGACGAAGACCUAACUGAUAACACCUUGAAUACUGCUGACAGACUUAAUUGCCAUCCGGCUAAUCAUAAAAAUUCAAAAAUUGAAUUACAAUACCUUUUUUCACGUGUUCUAACCCAACUAUCAUUUGUUCGCAUUAUUGAACAAAAUGUUGGAAAUGUCGAAGCAACACAAUAG